AUGUCUUCUAAAAAACAAGUAAAAAAAACUACUCUUAGUAACAAACAAAGAACAGUCCAGCAUUUGGAUCUUGAAAAUGCAUUACUUGAGUGGGUUUUACAAAACCAAGACAAUUUUAUAAUAAGUGAUGGAAUUUUGAUUGAAAAAGCAAAAACUUUUGCUAAACUUUUAAAAAUACCUGAAAGCAACUUUAAGUUUUCAUACAGAUGGUUAUUUAAGUUCAAAAAAAAGCAUGGUUUAGAACAAUUAAAAAAGCAUGGAGAAGAUGCUUCUGUAGACGAUAAUCAAGUUACAAUAGCUAUUUCUCAGUUGAGAGAGGUUCUAAAAGAAUACAAUUUAAAAGACAUUUACAACAUGGAUGAAACAGGGUUAUUUUAUCGGCUCAGUGUCAUGUAUGAGUCAAGUAGUAAAGCAUGUAUGAUGACUGUGUUAUUUCAAGCAUGGCUUAAAGAAUUCGAUGUGAAAAUGGCCAAUCGUAAAUAUGAAUCUGGAAAUGAUGAUAAAUUAAAUGUUCUUAAUGCCAUAAAAUUUAUUGUUCAGGUAUGUAAUUGCUUCUGGCAUACAGGAACCCUUCCAGUUAUUCAAAAUAACGAAGAGCCUACUAAUGAUAAUGAUGAUGAGUUAAUAGAAGAAAUGAAAGCGGAUAUUGAAGCACUUAAUUUUCGAAAUGCGAUAGAUCUUGAAAACUAUAUUAAUUACCCAGAAGAAGAAGACACAAACGAAAUCUUGGAUAAUCAGGAAAUCUUAACUUUGGUUACUAAUAUAGAACCAGAGGAUUUAAAUGAUGACAAUAGUGAAGACAAAGAUGACAGUAGAGAAAUUCCUCUCAUUGUCUACCACGAGGCGCUAAAUGCUAUAAAGGUGCUAAAUCAACACCUUAUACAACAGAAUCUAAGUGAUAAAGCCCAGUUGGACCACAUUCUAGCUCUAUUAAAUUUACAAAAGACAAUUAGAAAAAGUCGAAGAACAAUUUUUAAACAAGUGAACCUUGAAGCCUUCUUUCAAGUUGAUAACUAA